GCCGGAGCUCCCGGUGCCGGGGCGAUGCGGGGGGCGGCGGCGGUGGCUCUGCUCUUAGCGGUGGCGGCGGCGCUGAGCGGGGCUGCGGAAUCGGCGGCGGUGCGGAGCUGCGCGGUGCAGAGCGUGGGCUGUAAGUGCGCGGCGGAGCGGCACAAGGCGAGCGGCCCCGCCGUGCCCCGUCGCCGGGUUCUGUGCAACGGAGCGGCCCUACCCGCACCUCCCGAACCGCGGCUGCUGCCCGACGGCACCGCCACGCUGCUGCUGAGCAACAACAAGAUCACAGUGCUGCAGAACGGCUCCUUCUUCGGGCUGCGGGCGCUGGAGAAGCUGGACUUGAAGAACAACCUGAUCAGCACGGUGCAGCCAGGUGCCUUCCUUGGGCUCCCCGAGCUGAAGCGUCUGGAUCUCUCCAACAACCGCAUCGGUUGUCUGAGCGCCAGUGUCUUCCAGGGUCUCACCAACCUCCUCCGACUUAACAUGUCAGGAAACAUUUUCUCCAGCCUCCCCCCUGGCGUUUUUGAUGAGCUGCCCUCACUGAAAGUCGUGGACUUUGCCACCGAAUACCUGACGUGUGACUGCAAUCUGCUCUGGGUGCUGCCCUGGGCCCGCAACCGCUCAGCACAGAUCUCAGAGCGAACACUGUGUGUGUACCCACGGCACCUGCACAGCACCCCGCUGCGCAGCACACAGGAGAGCCAGCUGCAAUGCGAGGGCACCCCGGAGCUGCACACCCACCACCUCAUCCCGUCGCUGCGUCAGGUGGUGUUCCAGGGGGACCGACUGCCCUUCCAGUGCACCGCCACCUAUUUGGAUAACAGCACCCAGAUCCAUUGGUACCACAACCACCAGCGAGUGCAGGAGGAUGAGCGGGCGGGCGUUAUCGUGGAGGAGAGCCUCAUCCAUGACUGCACCUUCAUCACCAGCGAGCUCAUCCUCUCCAACAUCCACGUCUCUGCCAACGGUGAGUGGGAGUGUGCCGUCUCCACCUCCCAGGGCAAUGUCAGCAAGAAGGUGGAGAUUGUGGUGCUGGAGACCUCCGCGUCCUACUGCCCCGCAGAGCGCGUCACCAACAACCGAGGGGACUUCAGGUGGCCCCGCACGCUGGCUGGCAUCACUGCCUUCCAGUCAUGCCUGCAGUACCCCUUUGCCUCGGGGCCAGCAAGUGGGGGCCCGGCAGCAGAGAAGCAAGCAUCCAGGCGUUGUGACCGUGCGGGGCGCUGGGAGGAGGGCGACUACUCCCACUGCCUCUACACCAACGACAUCACCCGUGUGCUCUACACCUUUGUGCUGAUGCCCAUCAAUGCCUCCAAUGCACUGACACUGGCUCACCAGCUGCGCGUCUACACAGCUGAGGCUGCGAACUUCUCGGAUAUGGUUGAUGUCCUCUAUGUGGCUCAGAUGAUUGAGAAGUUUAUUGGCUACGUGGACCAGAUCAAGCAGCUCACUGAUGUGAUCGUGGAGAUGGCAAGCAACAUCAUGCUGGUGGACGACCACAUCCUAUGGAUGUCACAGAAGGAGGAGAAGGCAUGCACCAGCAUCGUCCGUUCACUGGAGAAGAUCGCUGCGCACACCCUCAGCAGCAACUCCCAGCACAUGGCAGUGAACUCACGCAACAUCGCCUUCGAGGCAUACGUGGUAAAGCCUGAGAGCUACGUGGGGCUGAGCUGCGUGGCAUUCCAGCGCCGGGAUGGGGGCCCUCCUGGCCGCACAGCCCUGGCUGAGCAGGCAGCCGAGCCCCAGCCUGACCAGCAGCUGCGGCUGCGCUGCACCACAGGACGCCCCAACAUCUCCCUGAGCAGUUUCCACAUCAAGAACAGCAUUGCCCUGGCCUCCAUCCAGCUGCCUCCCAGCCUCUUUGCCAGCCCUGUCCCACCCACCCCGCUGGCCGACUGCAAGUUGCAGCUGCUGGUGUUCCGCAACGGGAAGCUCUUCUGCAGCACAGGGAACUCCUCACGUCUAGCAGACGACGGCAAGCGACGCAGCGUGGCCACGCCAGUCAUCUAUGCAGGGACAUAUGGCUGCAGUGUAGGGAACCUGACGGAGCCGGUGGCCGUGUCGCUGCGACACCCUGGGGAGGGUGCAGACCCCGUGGCUGCCUACUGGAACUUUGAGGUGCUGGGGGGCAUGGGGGGUUGGAGCGCUGAGGGCUGCCAGCUGGCUGCCCGUGAGCCCAACGUCACCUCCCUGCACUGCCGGCACCUCAGCAACGUGGCUGUGCUCAUGGAGCUGAGCGGGUUCCCCAGUGAGGCACAAGGUCCAGUGGAGGUGCUGCACCCAGCCAUGUACACCUGCACAGCUGUGCUGCUGCUCUGCCUCUUCACCACCAUCAUCACAUACAUCGUCCACCACGGCACCAUUCACAUCACGCGGAAGUGCUGGCACAUGCUCCUUAACCUCUGCUUCCACAUGGCCAUGACAUCAGCAGUGUUUGCAGGAGGCAUCACCCUCACCGGCUACCUGGUUGUCUGCCAAGCGGUCGGCAUCAUUUUGCACUACUCCUCCCUGUCCACACUGCUGUGGAUGGUGGUGAAAGCCCGUGUCCUCUACAAGGAGGCGACCUGGAAAGCACCUCAGCAGCCAGAUGGGGAUUCAGCACCUCCGACCCCUCGGCCCAUGCUACGGUUCUAUCUGAUUGCUGGUGGGAUCCCCCUCAUCAUCUGUGGCAUCACAGCAGCUGUCAACAUCCACAACUACCACGACAACAACCCUUACUGCUGGCUGGUGUGGAGACCCAGCCUGGGCGCCUUCUACGUGCCGGUGGCCUUCAUCCUACUGGUCACCUGGCUGUACCUGCUCUGUGCUGGACUCAGCCUGCAGUGCCACGCUCCCCGUGGGAAGGAGCCCCCGGAGUUGCCAGGCACACCGCCAAGGCUGGGGACCAACGGGGAGCUGCUGACAGACUCAGGCUCCAUCUCAGUGACACUACACUCAGGGACGCAUUGCCCAGAGGUGGAUGGUGUGUACUCACUGCAGGCACAGCUCUGGGCCCUGCUGGCUGUGCACGCCAUGUAUGUGGCCUUAUGGACGUUUGGAGCCAUGGCCGUGUCCCAGCGUGGAGAUCUCAACAUUGUCUUCAGCUGCCUUUAUGGAGUGACGGCCGUGGCGCUGGGACUCUUCAUCUUCAUCCAUCACUGCGUCCGUCGCCGGGACGUGCUGGGCUCGUGGUUCUCCUGCUGCCCAUCCUACCGCUCUGCGCUGCCUAUGCAGCCCUACAGCCACCCCGGCACAGCGGCGGUAGAGGACGGCUCACAGAUGUUCAUCAGCUGCGAUCCCGAAGCCGCCCGCAGCGCCACGUCCUCCUCCUCACCCAGCAGCACGGGCUCAGCCGCCGGCCGCUGCAAGCUGACCAACCUGCGGGCGGCACAGAGCCAGGCUGAUGAGCCGGAGCACGGAGAUGGGAGAAGCGCCGGGGUGGGGAGAAACACCAACAACCACCGCAGGAACCACAAGAGCAGAACUAAGCAGCACCGCGAGGGGAAGCACCACCGUUUGAAGGUGCUGCGGGGCCCAUCCUCCGAGCAGAGCGAAAGCGGCAGCGUGCACAACAGCCAUUCCGAGAGCUACCACAGCAGCAGAAACAGCCCCAUGAACAACUGCGCUGCGCAGCGAGCCGUGGGCAUCCAGGAUGGGGAGGUGGCACCCAGCCAAUCGGAGGGCAGCGACGGCUUCCUGGAGGCGCGACGGCGGAGCAGAGACAACGUGAGGCAGGCGGAGAGGGAGGCGAAGCGACGCUCCUACCCCCUAAAUGUGGGCAGCCACAACGGAGGGUUGAAGGGCAGCAAGUAUGAUGUCAAUCUGGCCGGUGCUGACAGCGGGGCAGGGAUGAGAAGCGGGCUCUGGAAGAGCGAAACCACAGUGUGAGGGAUGGGGAAGGAGCAGAUGGCCAUAGUGCUGCAGCACGUCCUCCUUGGCUGGAGGUUGUGCACGGAGGAGGCUCACAGAGAGGCUGUGAGCGUGGCUAAGUGCACUACGUGGGGCUUCAUCCCCGCAGGACGGGCGUCACAGCCUGCCCAGGUUGCAGCACUGAGAGGCGGAGGUAAAAGGCAACCAUUGCUUUUCAGCAGCAUGAAUUGCAGCCACGCUUCCGUCACUCCCGCACGUCACUUCAGACUGAUCCUAAAUGCUAUUUUAUAAUAUACAAAGGAAACAAAUGUCUAUUUUUCAAAUUUCUAUAUUGUUGAAUGUAUAUAUGUAUAGACUGAUGCAAGUGCCUCCGCCUUACCAGCAAUGUUCUCCCACAGCCACGACUGCAAUAUUCCCAGACGUAGGCAUGUCGUGCAGACGCUUGGGUGGCCCCAAAUGAGCUUUUUCUGAAAGAGUCUCAGUUUGAAGUGUUAUGAAAUGCAAAUGUUGUUAUCUUAAAGGACAGUAUUUAGCCCUGAGGGUUACUCGAUUGCCAAAGCAAAAGCCAUAUUGCGAAGCAAGCACAAGCGAAGAGAAGGCACUGAUCUGAGAAACUGUCUGCACUCUGUGGAUGUCAGACACUAAAAGCACCGCAGGAAAAUGCUCCCAGACCCUCCCACGUGUAACCUAUGCAAACAGGUGGAGCAGCAGCACUGCUCUGCCUAAGAUGGACACAGGUUGUCCAUCUCCUCCAGGAACCAAAGAGCCCAAUUGGGCGCAGGCACCAAAGCAGGUCUUCAUCCUUAACCCAUGUGUGCAUACAGAACCCAGCAGGCUUUGCUCCCACAAAGCCAGGACACUAACAGCACUGUGCUGAGCCACCUCCUGUCCCUCCAGCAUGGGCUCCUCCCUCAGAGGGGGCUGCUCCUGGAGAGUUGAGAGGAUGAUACCCACAGUGCUGCCAGGGCCCUUCCUAAGGACUGCAGUACGUUCAAAGGGCUGGAACUUUGCUAAGCACUUAUUUUUCCCCAUUUAAAAACAAGUCUCUCUUUUUUUCUAGCAGGCAAAAAAAAGUCAGACUCACUGCAGGCUGUAGGAGGCUCUAGGAGCACUAGGAGUGUAUCUGUGCUGUUUUCAGCCUCAGUUUUUUCACACGUGCAAAUGGGUUUAAUUAUUUACCUACCUCCCAUGGGGUCCUGGGGAGCAGCAAAGGACUGAAGUGCUGGGAAGCAUUCAAGCCAGCCCUGUGCUACACCACAGCCGAGGGAUCCAGGAGUUAGCAGAGUAAAUAGCACUUAGUGGCAGAUUUUUCUCCCCUUCAGAAUCCAACACCCCUCCCUUUGGAACCCCUCGUCCUGCAGGGCUGGAGUUCACUGGUUUUGCUGCAGCUCUGCUGUCCCUGGGCUGCCAGACUUCCCUGACCAACAGCCUGCUUAAUGCCACGUUUAUUGUGCCUGCUAUUUGAUGCAAUUUAAAU